AUGGGCAACCGACUCGCAAAGCAGCGCUCCUACUACUACUACGGCGCCCGAGGCCCGGCGCCGCGCCGCGGAUACGCGAGCUACGACGAUUCCGAGGACGCAGGCCCCGACGAAGCGACGGAUGCUUCUUCCUCCGCGUCCUCCUCCUCCUCCUCCCGCUCCUACGCGACCCCCCGGUCCGCGCCGCUCCUGUGCUUCUUCUCGCCCGCCGAGGAGCACGAAGGACGCGGCGCCGGCUGGGGCGGCGAGGUCGUAGGGAUCUCGCGGCGGAAGGGCUGCCGGUCCCUCAACCACUGGUCCGUCGCCUUCCGCCCCGAGGUCGACGUCGCGCGGCUGCCGCCCCAGAUCUCCGGGUUCCGCACGCGCGUGCCGGUGGAGGUGUGCCGGGCGCGCUGCGAGCUCGGACAGGCCCUGUACAUCUCUACUAUAGAUGGUCGCGCCAGCGGCAGUGGCAGUAGUUAUAGCAGUAGCUCGGGUGCCGAGGGAUAA